AUGAAUAGCGUCGUCUCCGACUCUUCCACUACUACUGCUGCCAGCACUAUUUCAGCACCCACCGUCAGUCUCAAGGAUUGCCUGGAAACCUUUACUAAAAAGGAAGACUUGGACGGCGAUGACAUGCCGUUCUGCGAACGCUGCAAGAAACACGCAAAGACUCAGCUUCAAAUCCUGUUCUCAGACCUCCCGGAAAUUCUCAUACUUCGUAUCCUUUUGAAAGCCCCACCAAUUUUGUGUUCUGCUAAACAAGCCGUGUUUCGUGAAUUCCUACGCUUCGACUCCUCCAAUUCUCACAAUAAACGGCGGAAUCUCAUCGACUUCGAUUUCGAGUUGGACUUGGCAAAAUACACCACAAAAGGUAUGUUCUCCAUUCUUUGA